UGCCCCAACGCCCUGCAGUGUCAGUGAUUUUAGACGGAGCGCUCGGAGCACAACUGCCCCGAAAAACUCACCCUCUUUCGGAUUUUGGUCGAAACGUUUCUUUCGGAAGCCACAACACGUCUAAAACGUGAACUCCGGUUUGUGUGGCUGCUGAAACAACGGCAGAAACAUGGCGGGGUUAUGUUCGGAUGCGCGGCUACCUUUGCGGCUGUGGGAAAUCGCCAACAUGGGUCUCCCCUGACUGGCUGAGUGCUGCUGCUAGUGGCUAACGCUAGCGUUUAGCUCACGGCCAGCCAGCAACCUCUGGUGGGACUCACUCAGCUGGUCUCGCAAAGAAACACUAACUCAGCACGGCCACACUUCUUUUCUCCGGUUGUGGUUGUAGGGUUUUGGGCUCGUUAAUUCAGAAACUGACGUUAGGAAGAGGCGCUUGGUUGGUCGCCGGGGUGGAGUUGCAGUUCAAUUAUACAUGCAGUGGCUAGCUAGCGCUGAUGGAUAACUGGACCGACAAGGCUCUCUGAUUAACAUGUAUUUCAUCGCGUUUCUGUCCGAUACUGCAUGCUUUAACGUUACAGUCCGCUGUAUUAAAAUGUGAAGUGACGGUUUAAGCCCGCUCCUGUUUGGCUGUAUUGUCUCUUGUCGCGGCGGAUGUCUGUGCAGACACACGGGACAGUGCUGCUUCAGUCGGGCUUCAUUUGGGAAGCGUUUAAUUUAACAAGGCAGCUGGCUGGAGAGCUCAUUAACUUCAUUCUACAAUUUCUGAGGGCAAGCCAAGUUGGGCCUAGGCCACCAGAGAACGUUAACUAGGUCUGAGUUUAGUUAGCUGGCUAACUAGUUAUGCUACCAUGGUAGCUGCUUCUUAUAAAAGAGCUGUGCUUGUAACCUGGGUUAUCAUUUUAGCUCGCUAAACAUGUUUUGGGGCCAGAAGGCCGUUGUUUAGAUGUAGAAAUGGGGCUCGCUGGCGAAUACAGGUCUAGCGUUUCGGGCUGGUGGUUAGCUUAACUUGCAACCCGCUUUUUGUGUUUGGAGCAAAUCAGAAUCAGAGGUCGCCUAGCUAGCUUGGUUGUUUGCAUAUGCUUGUACCACAAUGCGGCUUCUCACAUAUUCAGAUGUUGUGUCACUGAUGUUAGUCACCCUGAAGAGGAGCAAGUUCCUAAGCUGUUUGCUUCAGAAUAGCCAGCCAGCCACAUCCACGGCUCGGCACGGCUAGGCUAGGCAGCUAACUGGCACUGAAAGGUAACGUUAGCAUGGCACUGUCAGACUUGUUACAUUUAUUAGACCUUGUUUGACGGUUGUUUACAGUUGCUGGAGGCAGUGCUGAAGUGUAGGAUUAGCGUUGUCUGGUGCCAUAAACUGGCAUCAACCGUUUCUUGUCCUUGACGUGCUGGGGGAUGCCCUAAAAGCCCCAAAAGAAGCCGUCAUGUCGAGCAAAUCAUCGAGCAAGGAGAAGAAGUCGGGCCUGAGCAAGAAGCUCUUCCGAAGAGGCUCCGUGCGCUCGGUGGGGAGUUUUAUGAGCAGAGUCUUGAAGACUCUCUCCACCCUCUCCCACUUCGGCUCGGAGCUACAUGCGGCGGAGGGCGACAAGGACGACGGAGGCUUCACGUCGUUCAAGAGCGACGGCAAGGGCUCCGUGACCUCGGACGAGAGCGACUGCGGCGGCUUUCUCUCGCGGGACAAAAUACCCGGCGUGGCCGGCUUGAAGAAUCACGGCAACACCUGUUUCAUGAACGCUAUCCUGCAGUGCCUGAGCAACACGGACCUUUUCGCCGAGUACCUGGCACUGGAGCAGUUCAGGGGAGACUCGACGACCGAGGAGGAGAAGCCCAAGACGAACGGGGUUCACCUGCAGAGGAAAGGCGCGCAGAGCCGGGGGGAAGUGACCGAGCAGCUGUCUAGACUAGUUAGAGCCCUGUGGACAUUUGAAUACACCCCGCAGCACAGCAGAGAGUUCAAAAGUGCAGUGUCAAAGCGUGCUAUGCAGUACAGGGGAAAUGCUCAGCACGAUGCUCAAGAAUUUCUUCUCUGGCUUCUGGACCGUGUGCAUGAAGACCUUAAUACCGUAGGCCAUAGCAGGCCUUCUAUAAAGCCACCCAUAGAGGAAGAUGAUGGAGCACUUGAGGGACCCUCACUCCCAUUGUCAGCUGGCUCCUUUGUCCAAGAGCUUUUUCAGGCGCAGUACAGAUCCUCGCUUACCUGCCCUCACUGUCAAAAGCAGAGCAACACUUUUGAUCCCUUCCUCUGCAUCUCUCUCCCCAUUCCGUUGCCUCACACUCGGCCCCUGUAUGUGACAGUGGUCUACCAGGGCAAGUACUCCCACUGCAUGAGGAUCGGGGUGGCUGUGCCCCUCAACAGCACUGUCUCCAGACUGAGAGAAGCUGUGUCGCGAGAAACCAAGAUCCCACCAGACCAGUUUGUCCUGACGGAAAUGUAUUAUGACGGUUUCCAUCGCUCCUUCUGUGACGACGAUGACGAUCUUGAUAUCAUUCAAGAAAGCGACUCGAUUUUUGCAUUUGAAACACCUGAGACUUUCAGAUUAGAAAACAUUCGCUCCAAAAGAGGGAGCCUUCUUGCCAACCUUAAUCAGAACAAUUUGAAGUACGGCAAUGAGAGCACUCGUACACCGUCUUUCAUGCAAGGAGCAGUGAAUCCAGCAUCACCCAACAAAAAUACAGGAGCCGAUAAGAUGAUCCUGCUGAUCUGUAAUAGAGCCUGCACUGGCCACCAAGGACGGAGGUUUGGCCUUCCGUUUGUAUUGUAUAUGGAGCGCACUGUGACCUGGGAUGUGCUUCAGAAGGCAAUUCUGGAGAAGAUGCAUCACCUGCUGAGACAAGGGGUUUACAUUCAGGUGGGACCUUUCAGUCUACGAGUGGUUGGAGUAGUUGGCAUCACGUACUUGUUGCCUCAGGAGGAACAUCCGCUGUGUCACCCCACUGUGGAAAGAGCGUACAAAUCCUGCGGGCAAGGGGGCCCUCCUCAUGUCAAGAUUGUGGUGGAGUGGGACAAAGAGACUAAGGAUUAUCUGUUUGGCCACACUGAGGAAGAGUACAUCCCUGAUGCUGAGAGCGUGUACCUGCACCGCGAGCAGCACCAUCAGCCCCAGGCCUGUACCCUCGCUCAGUGCUUCCAGCUGUACACCAAAGAGGAACAGCUGGCCCCAGAUGAUGCCUGGCGCUGUCCCCAUUGCAAGCAGCUGCAGCAGGGCCGCAUCAAGCUAAGCCUGUGGACCCUGCCUGAUGUUCUCAUCCUGCACCUCAAGAGGUUCAGACAGGAAGGAGACAGGAGGGUGAAGAUGCAGAACAUGGUGCGGUUCCCACUGGUUGGCAUGGACAUGGCCCCUCACAUGGUGAAGAGGAGCCAGAGCAGCUGGAGCCUCCCCUCUCACUGGUCCCCUUGGCGACGACCUUACGGCCUUGGCCGUAAUCCGGAAGACUAUCUUUAUGACCUUUAUGCUGUAUGCAAUCACCAUGGCAACAUGCAUGGAGGGCACUACACAGCAUACUGUAAGAACUCCAUUGAUGGACAGUGGUACUGCUUUGAUGACAGUGAGGUCCAGCCCAUACCUGAUGAGGAUGUAUGCCAGCAGACAGCGUACAUUCUCUUCUACCAGAGGAGGACAACUAUUCCCUCGUGGUCUGCCAACAGCUCUGUGGCGGGCUCUACCAGUUCUUCUUUGUGUGAGCACUGGGUUACCCGCCUCACUGGCAGCAAGCCGCCCAGCUUGGCCUCAGGGGCCUCCUCCCGACGCACAUCCCUGGCUUCUUUGGCUGAGUCUGUGGAGUUCCCGGGAGAUCGCAGUGAAGACGACGGAGGAUUCUCCACCCGACCCUUUGUGAGGAGCAUUCAACGUCAGAGCUUGUCUUCCAGAUCCUCCAUAGCCAGUCCACUGGCCUUCAGUGAAAAUGGGACAAAGCCCUCUUGGCCACUGUCUGCCAAGCUCCAGAUGAGAUCCAAUUCGCCCUCCCGCUUCUCCUUAGACUCCCGCUCCUCACCACCCCUGGAAAGGAUCGGAGAGGCCAGUGACGACAAGGUGUCCACAUCGUGCUUUGGCAGCUACAGCAGGCAUGAGCGCCACCCUGGCAACAAGGCUCCACUGGCCAUGAUGGAGGGCAAUGGCAGCGAUGAUGGUGGGGGUAAAAGGAUUGUAGAUGAGGUCUACUGCAGGGCUCCUACGCCGGCUGACAGGAAAAGCUCCAAAGGAGAGCCCCUAGACAACAACAACCAAAUCUCUGCUGUUGACCAGAACUUGCAUGGCACUCCUACAAAAGAGCAGAGGCACAAGAGCUCAGGACCAUCUGUGACCAAGGCGGAGGGGUCUGGGACUAAAAAGAGCUCGACCAAGACAAAGGGGGAUCAAGAGAAGCCCUCUAAGAAACGCCAGAGCACUUCGUCAUCUGCACAGAAAGCUCCUUCUUCUCAAGCGUCUUCCAGCCCUCAAGGCAAGGGUGCCAAAGUAACAAAUUUGAAAGAGAAAAGUGACUCCACUAAGACCACCAAAGGGGUUUCUUUGGGAACACCCUCCAAGAAAAAGGAGUCCUCUCAGGCUCAGGAGACCUCACCAUCAUCCGGAGCCGGCAAGGCAAAGCAGCGCCUGACCUCCACUCCGCAGUCCUCAGCCUCCCCAUCACCGACCGCAAAGAAAAAUUCCUCAGUGGCGGAUAAAAGCUCCGCCUCCAGCAGGAAGAAGCCGACAGACAAGAGCUCAAGCCGUGACUCCCCUCAUUCUAGCCCCCUUGCAGACAAGCCUAGGGUUAACGCCGCGCCUCGGAGUUCCCAGGCCAAGGGUGCUGAGGGAGGCCGAAUAGAGAGAAGGCCUGUAAGGAGCUCCAGCAGCAGCUCGUCAGUCACCAGUCUGCGCUCCCCCAGUGUGUCCUCUAGGGACCUGCGUCGCAGCAGCAAGUCUGAGGACAAGGGCCACUCUUUCUUCAAGAGCGCCCUGAGACAAAAGGAGACCCGCCGCUCGGCCGACCUGGGCAAGACCACCAUCCUCUCUAAGAAAGUGGGCGAGAGGACAGCUAGGUCCAGCAGCCAGACUAAACUGAGCACGGACGAGGGUGAAGGGAACGCCUCCCAGCAGGCCUCUCCCGCCUCGCUGUCCAGUAAGGCUGCCAGUGAAGACAAGGAGUCGUCUAAAGCCACCACCCCUGUCAAACGUUCUCUGUUACCUGUAGGCAAGUCUAAGUCUUCCAAUUCUGAGAUGAGUCUUCAGUCUCCUGUCAAUGGGAAGAGGCCUCUUGAAAAGUUGCCCUCUUCUAGAAAGCUUUCUUCCAGCAUGCAAUCUUCUGCACACCCAACACAGACGCCUCAAUGAUAUUUGAAUAGCAGUUUCAUUAUUUUCUGUAAUGCAGCUAUUUUUUGAUG